CCCUCCCAGUAAAGGAGGCUGAUCCUCAUGAAGGAGGGACUUGGAUCUGAACCUGCUUUAUAUCUGACCAGUGUGCAGAGAAAACCUCUGAGGCGUUCCAGCACUUCAAGCUUUCGAGAUCAUAAAGAUCAGCUGAAAGCCGCCACUAACCAGCGCUCAGGAAGGUGUGACGAAGGCCCUGGGUUCACUCCACAAAAAGCCUGCGUACCCCACACCCCUACACUGGAUUUGGAAGGACCACAAGGAUUCCUAAAAGGGAGGCUGUUUCAAAGACUUGGGGUUCACUCAAAAAAGAAGCCUGAAUACCUUCAACCCUGAUCCACGAGGAAAAACCACAAGCUGCAUCCAGACUCAAAAGGAAUUAAAAGGACAAGAUGGCCUCCAUCAAUCAAAAUCAAGAUGGCGAGGUGAAGCAAAAUGGCACCACUGACGUCAAGGGACCUUUGGCUGGAAUAUAUAUGGAGAAGACCAAGGAGACGAUAACCAUAUAUCAAGCCAUGAAAAAACGUCUCCUGAAACCAGGGACAGCCUUAGCUCUUCUUGAAGCUCAAGCAGCCACAAUUGGCAUUGUAGACCCAGUAAAAAACAAAAUCCUUCCAGUUGCAGAUGCUGUUAAAGAAGGAAUAGUUGGGCCAGAGUUAAAAGAGAAACUUCUCAUAGCUGAGAAAGCUGUUCAUGGUUAUACUGACCCCUACACCAAACAAACUAUAUCUCUGUUCCAAGCUAUGCAGAAAGAUUUAGUCCCAAGAGAUCAUGGAUUGAGGCUGCUCGAAGCACAGCUUUUCACAAACAGUCUGUUUGAUCCUGCUGAGCAGAAAAAAAUUUCAGUUCAGGAAGCCAUCGAGAAAGGUCACUAUGAAAAAGGUUUGCUCAAUGAUGAAAUGGCUGAACUCCAAGUGUUCUACGACCCAAACUCACAAGAAAAUCUGAACUAUCAAUGCCUCCUUGAGAAGUGCAUCGUGGAUCCUGUCACAGGCCUGUCACUUCUUCCUGUGUUCAUCACCUUCAAAGGCCUUCGAAGAACCGUUUCUUGCACUGAACUUCUCGAAUCAAAGAUCAUUGAUAAAGAAACAUUUGAUGAUUUACAGAAAGGCAAGACAACAACUCAGGAUGUGUUGUUAAAUGAAUCAGUGAAGGAAUAUCUGGAGGGCAAAGGCAGCAUCGCCGGCAUUGUGGUCGUCUCAUCCAAUCAGAGAAUGAGCAUUUACGAAGCCAUGAAGAAACACAUACUGAUGCCUGGGACAGCGCUAGUCCUACUCGAGGCACAAGCUGCAACUGGAUUCCUGAUUGAUCCUCUUGAAAAUAAGAAGUUCACAGUGGACGAGGCCAUCAAAAACAAACUCAUCGGUCCCGAAUUCCAUGCAAAGUUGCUUUCUGCUGAGCGUGCAGUGACUGGAUACAAAGACCCAUAUUCAGGUGAAACCAUAUCCCUGUUUCAAGCACUCUCAAAAGAUCUCAUUGUAAAAGAACAUGGAAUCAGACUACUUGAGGCACAAAUUGCUACGGGUGGAAUAAUUGACCCUAUUACCAGCCACCGACUUCCCACACAAGUGGCCUUCAAGCGAGGUUAUUUCAAUGAAGAUAUGAAUGCCCUACUUGAAAAUUCAGGAGAUGAUACAAAAGGUUUUUUUGAUCCAAACACUGAAGAAAAUCUAACUUACCUUCAACUGAUGGAAAAAUGUGUUUUCGAUCCUGCAACAGGACUGUGCCUCCUUCCUCUCCAAGAUAAAUCAGACAGGGUGAAUUUUAGUUUAAUUGACUAUCAAACAAAAGUGGCUUUCAAAGAAGAGAAGGUGAAUGUGACGUCUGGGAAAUAUAUGGGGAUGACAGUUUCUCUGUGGGAACUCCUGAUGUCAGAAUACUUUACUGAAGAGGAGAGGCAAGACAUUGUUCAGAAGUACAGACAAGGGAAGCUCAAUAUCAAAGCGAUCAUCACAAUAGUUCUGGAAACCAUAGAGAAGUCUGUGAAAACGACUAAGGUCAUCUUUGAUGGCAUCAGAGAAAGUGUCACAGCCAAGCAGCUUUUAGAAGCAGAAAUCAUAACUGAGAAAGUUGUGGAGGAUCUGAACAAAGGAAAAAUGUCUGUGAAAGAAGUUAUAGCAGAUGAAAAUGUGAAUGUAUACCUACAGGGAAAGGACAGCAUUGCUGGUAUACUGCUUCCUGAUUCUCAAGUCAUGACCAUCUACCAGGCCAGACAGAAAGGAAAACUGAUGCCAGGAACGGCUCUGAUUCUACUGGAGGCACAGGCAGCAACAGGCUACAUAAUUGACCCAAUUGGAAACAGAAAGUUUUCAGUGGAUGAAGCUGUGAGAGCAAAAAUUAUUGGCCCUGAUGUUUGUCAAAAGUUGCGCUCAGCUGAGAAAGCUGUCACUGGAUACAAAAAUCCAUAUGAUGGCAAAAUUAUUUCAUUGUUCCAAGCAAUGCAAAAAGAUCUCAUUGUAAAAGACCAUGGAAUUCGCCUACUGGAGGCGCAAAUUGCCACUGGUGGAAUCAUUGACCCUGUGAACAGCCAUCGAAUUCCUGUACAUGUAGCGUACAGGAGGGGAUAUUUUAAUGAGGAAAUGAACCAGAUCCUGAGUGAUCCAAGUGAUGACACCAAAGGCUUCUUUGACCCCAACACCCUUGAGAACUUGACAUACUUGCAGCUUAUAGCCAGAUGCGUCACAGAUCCCAGUACAGGUCUGUGCCUCUUGCCACUCAAAAGCAAAAGUACCAAAAUUACUAUAGAUGAUCACAUUCAGGAAGCAUUCAAAAGGACCACAGUUACUGUUAGGUAUGGCAGAUUUCGAGGUAAGCACACAACGCUUUGGGAUCUUAUCAACUCGGAGUACCUGAACGAGAAAAAACGACAUGAGUUAUUCAAGCUCUACAAGUCAAAGAAAAUCACAACUGAGAAAUUAACUAUGACCAUUUUGGAGAUCAUUGAGUGUAAGGAAAUAAAACAACAAGCAGGAAUGCACUUAGAGGGUCUCAGAGGAAAAGUCUCUGUUGCAGAUCUUGUGGCAUUACAAAUUGUAGAUGAAGAAACAUUCAAAAACUUGGUUGCUGGAAAAAUAACGAACACUGAUGUGAUGCAAAUGGAUAAUGUAAGAGACUAUCUGCAAGGAAAAAGCUGUGUGGCUGGGGUGAUCCUGCAACCCUCCAAUCAGAAACUAAGCAUCUUUGAUGCACAAAAGAUUGGUGUUUUAACAUCUGGUACAGCUCUAAGUCUCCUGGAGGCACAGGCUGCCACUGGCUUCAUUGUUGAUCCUUUGAAAAACAAAAAACUCACAGUGGAACAGGCUGUCAAGGAAAAACUAAUCGAGCCACAUAUGUACGAAAAGCUUUUGUCUGCAGAGAGGGCUGUCACUGGCUACAGAGAUCCAUACACUGGUCAAAAGAUCUCACUUUUCCAAGCCUUGGUAAAGGACCUAAUUGUCAAGCAACAUGCCAUCCGGUUACUUGAGGCACAAAUCACUACAGGUGGUAUCAUUGACCCCAUUAAAUGUAUUCACUUACCUCUAGAGGCUGCAUACAAACAAGGAUAUUUUGAUGCAGAACUUAACCAAAUGCUGUCUGACUCAUCUGAUGAUACAAAGGGAUUUUUUGACCCAAAUACAAAGGAAAAUCUGACAUACAGGGAUAUGUUGAGCAGAUGUGUAAAAGACAAAGAAACAGGUUUGUUUCUUCUGCCCCUAAAGGACAAGGCAAAAGCAGUAACUAUGGAGAAAAUGUACACCGAUGCAGAAAUACAGCAAGAGUUUCAAAAGACAACUGUGAACAUUUCAGUGGGCCGGUAUUUAGGAAAAUCAGUUUCACUAUGGGACUUGAUUCACUCUGGUUACUUCACUGAAGAUCAACGAAUUGGCCUACUUGAAAACUACAGAACAAGAAAGCUAAGCACACAGCUCUUAAUCACACUUGUGAUUUCUAUCGUAGAAAAUCUGGAAAAGACAGAAACUCCGAAAAUGACUGCAGGUCUGAGAAAACCUGUUUCUGCAGAACAGCUACUGGAUUCUGAUAUCAUUGAUGAAGACACAUUCAAUCAGGUGAAAGGAGGGAAACUCACUUUUGAAGAAGUCACCCUUCGUGCUUCUGUGAAGAAAUACCUCAAAGGAACUGGAAGCAUUGCUGGAAUCAAGGUUUACCCAUCCCAAAAAGUAAUGAGAAUAUAUGAAGCAAGUACACAAGGUGUGUUGAUGCCUGGAAAUGCAUUGGCACUGCUGAAAGCACAGGCUGCAACAGGAUGGGUCAUUGAUCCCCUCAAAAACAAGAUGUAUUCCGUUGAUGAAGCAGCAAGAGAGCGCGUUAUUGGACCAGAUGUACAUCAGCAACUUCUCUUAGCUGAACGAGCAGUCACCGGCUAUAAAGAUCCAUACACAGAUGUAACAAUAUCUCUGUUUGAAGCUAUAAAGGGAGAGCUGAUCCCAAGAUGUGAUGGUAUUCAUCUUCUUGAAGCACAGAUGGCAACUGGAGGUAUCAUUGACCCAAAUCAAAGCCACAGACUUCCUGACCAUGUUGCAAUGAAAAUGGGAUGCCUUGAUGAAGAAAUGUCCAAAAUACUGUUGACUCCAAGUGAUGAAGCAAAGGGAUACUUUGACCCAAAUACCAAAGAAUAUCUCUCUUACCUUCAACUGAUCAAGCGUUGCGAGAAAGAUUCUGAAUUUGGGCUGCUGCUUCUACCCCUGCAUGAAGAGGAAUCGCAUAUAUUUCACACAGAUGAGCAGACGGAGCUUGCGUUCAAAAGGAAAAAUGUUUCCAUAAAUGUAGGACACUUCAAAAACAAAGAAGUGUCAUUGUGGGAUGUUUUACUCUCAGAAUACAUUACAGAAGAAAAAAGGGAGCAGCUCAUACAGCAAUACAAGACUGGAACCAUGAAAAUAGAAGAAAUCAUUGAAAUACUUACUGUCAUCAUCACAGAGGUAACAUCAAAAGAAAAGAAAUUCAAAGGAUUAAGGAAGCAAGUCUCAGCCAGUGAGCUAUACGAGUCAAAGAUCAUCUCAAAAGAGCUUUUCACACAAAUUGUUCAAGGAGAAGUAUCUGAAGAGAAUGUGAGCAAGAUGGAAUCAAUUCAAAAGUACCUUGGGGCCACAAACUGCAUAGCAGGUGUGAGAAUUGAAUCCACAAAGAAAAUCAUGAGCAUCUAUGAAGCCAAAAGCAAGAGGCUCCUGACUCCUGGCACAUCCUUGGUUCUGCUGGAAGCACAAGCUGCCACUGGAUUUGUAAUUGACCCAAUAAAUAACAAGAAACUGUCCGUUGAAGAAGCUGUGGCUCAGGGAGUGGUUGGUCCUGAAUGGAAAAACAAGCUGCUUUCAGCAGAACGGGCAGUUACAGGAUACAAGGAUCCCUACACUGGAAACACAAUUUCAUUGUUUCAGGCCUUGACGAAAGAUCUCAUUGUGAAAGAUCACGGAAUUCGUCUUCUUGAAGCCCAGAUUGCCACAGGGGGCAUCAUUGAUCCCGUACACAGCCACAGAGUGCCUGUACAGGUGGCAUACCAAAGAGGAUACUUUGAUGAGGAAAUGAACCAGAUUCUGUCUGACCCUGAUGAUGACACCAAAGGCUUUUUUGACCCCAACACGCAAGAGAACCUCACUUAUCUACAACUUAUUGAGAGAUGUGUCACUGAUCCCAUCACAGAACUUACCCUAUUGCCCAUUGUAAAGAAAGGCGAGGUCUAUUUCUUUGUUGAUGAGGCAACAAAACUCAUUCUCAAAUCUACAACUACAAACAAAGCUGGGGGAAAAUAUCACGGAGAAACAGUGUCUCUGUGGGAAUUGCUUUACUCCAAAUACAUUACCGAGGAGAAGAGGCGAGAGCUUGUACAACAAUACAAAUCUGGAGCCAUCACGAUUGAACACUUCUUGGAGAUCAUCCUGAAAAUCAUUCAAAAUCAGACACCAACAACAACCUCAUCGUCAAUUGUCACAUGCCAACCACCUGAAACAAAGAUGGACAGCAGUACAACAAAAAUUACCAUCACAACAACUACAAUCACAGAGACAAAUGAAAUUGAUAACUUUCAUGGAAUCAGAAAGGAUGUUACUGCAACAGAGCUGCUUGAAUCAAAAAUCAUUGAUGAAGAUCUCUACAAGGAACUCAGUGAAGGAAAAGUCACAGUGAUGGAAGUGAGUGAGAUGGACUCUGUACGGAGGUAUCUAGAGGGGACCAACAGCAUUGCAGGAGUGUAUCUGCAGUCAACGAAAGAAACGCUGAGCAUCUACCAAGCCAAAGCCAAGGGUCUUCUGACUCCUGGGACCUCUCUUGUGCUGCUGGAGGCACAAGCUGCCACUGGAUUUGUCAAUGACCCAAUAAAUAACAAGAAACUGUCUGUAGAAGAAGCUGUGGCUCAAGGAUUGGUUGGCCAUGAAUGGAAAAACAAGCUGCUUUCAGCAGAACGGGCAGUUACAGGAUACAAGGAUCCCUACACUGGAAACACAAUUUCAUUGUUUCAGGCCUUGAAGAAAGAUCUCAUUGUGAAAGAUCAUGGAAUUCGUCUUCUUGAAGCCCAGAUUGCCACAGGGGGCAUCAUUGAUCCCGUACACAGCCACAGAGUGCCUGUACAGGUGGCAUACCAAAGAGGAUACUUUGAUGAGGAAAUGAACCAGAUUCUGUCUGACCCUGAUGAUGACACCAAAGGCUUUUUUGACCCCAACACACAAGAGAACCUCACUUAUCUCCAGCUGGUUGAGAGGUGUAUCACAGACCCAGUUACAGGCCUGAGUUUACUGGUCAUUGUAAAGAAAGGCGAGGUCUAUUUCUUUGUUGAUGAGGCAACAAAACUCAUUCUCAAAUCUACAACUACAACCAAAGCUGGGGGAAAAUAUCACAGAGAAACAGUGUCUCUGUGGGAAUUGCUUUACUCCAAAUACAUCACUGAGGAGAAGAGGCGAGAGCUUGUACAACAAUACAAGUCUGGAGCCAUCACGAUUGAACACUUCUUGGAGAUCAUCCUGAAAAUCAUUCAAAAUCAGAUAACAACAACCUCAUCGUCAAUCGUCACAUGCCAACCACCUGAAACAAAGAUGGACAGCAGUACAACAAAAAUUACCAUCACAACAACUACAAUCACAGAGACAAAUGAAAUUGAUAACUUUCAUGGAAUCAGAAAGGAUGUUACUGCAACAGAGCUGCUUGAAUCAAAAAUCAUUGAUGAAGAUCUCUACAAGGAACUCAGUGAAGGAAAAGUCACAGUGAUGGAAGUGAGUGAGAUGGACUCUGUACGGAGGUAUCUAGAGGGGACCAACAGCAUUGCAGGAGUGUAUCUGCAGUCAACGAAAGAAACGCUGAGCAUCUACCAAGCCAAAGCCAAGGGUCUUCUGACUCCUGGGACCUCUCUUGUGCUGCUGGAGGCACAAGCUGCCACUGGAUUUGUCAUUGACCCAAUAAAUAACAAAAAACUGUCUGUAGAAGAAGCUGUGGCUCAAGGACUGGUUGGCCAUGAAUGGAAAAACAAGCUGCUUUCAGCAGAACGGGCAGUUACAGGAUACAAGGAUCCCUACACUGGAAACACAAUUUCAUUGUUUCAGGCCUUGAAGAAAGAUCUCAUUGUGAAAGAUCAUGGAAUUCGUCUUCUUGAAGCCCAGAUUGCCACAGGGGGCAUCAUUGAUCCUGUACACAGCCACAGAGUGCCUGUACAGGUGGCAUACCAAAGAGGAUACUUUGAUGAGGAAAUGAACCAGAUUCUGUCUGACCCUGAUGAUGAUACCAAAGGCUUUUUUGACCCCAACACACAAGAGAACCUCACUUAUCUCCAGCUAGUUGAGAGGUGUAUCACAGAUCCAGUUACAGGCCUGAGUUUACUGGUCAUUGUAAAGAAAGGCGAGGUCUAUUUCUUUGUUGAUGAGGCAACAAAACUCAUUCUCAAAUCUACAACUACAAACAAAGCUGGGGGAAAAUAUCACGGAGAAACAGUGUCUCUGUGGGAAUUGCUUUACUCUAAAUACAUUACUGAGGAGAAGAGGCGAGAGCUUGUACAACAAUACAAGUCUGGAGCCAUCACGAUUGAACACUUCUUGGAGAUCAUCCUGAAAAUCAUUCAAAAUCAGAUAACAACAACCUCAUCGUCAAUUGUCACAUGCCAACCACCUGAAACAAAGAUGGACAGCAGUACAACAAAAAUUACCAUCACAACAACUACAAUCACAGAGACAAAUGAAAUUGAUAACUUUCAUGGAAUCAGAAAGGAUGUUACUGCAACAGAGCUGCUUGAAUCAAAAAUCAUUGAUGAAGAUCUCUACAAGGAACUCAGUGAAGGAAAAGUCACAGUGAUGGAAGUGAGUGAGAUGGACUCUGUACGGAGGUAUCUAGAGGGGACCAACAGCAUUGCAGGAGUGUAUCUGCAGUCAACGAAAGAAACGCUGAGCAUCUACCAAGCCAAAGCCAAGGGUCUUCUGACUCCUGGGACCUCUCUUGUGCUGCUGGAGGCACAAGCUGCCACUGGAUUUGUCAUUGACCCAAUAAAUAACAAGAAACUGUCUGUAGAAGAAGCUGUGGCUCAAGGACUGGUUGGCCAUGAAUGGAAAAACAAGCUGCUUUCAGCAGAACGGGCAGUUACAGGAUACAAGGAUCCCUACACUGGAAACAUAAUUUCAUUGUUUCAGGCCUUGAAGAAAGACCUCAUUGUGAAAGAUCAUGGAAUUCGUCUUCUUGAAGCCCAGAUUGCCACAGGGGGCAUCAUUGAUCCCGUACACAGCCACAGAGUGCCUGUACAGGUGGCAUACCAAAGAGGAUACUUUGAUGAGGAAAUGAACCAGAUUCUGUCUGACCCUGAUGAUGACACCAAAGGCUUUUUUGACCCCAACACACAAGAGAACCUCACUUAUCUCCAGCUGGUUGAGAGGUGUAUCACAGACCCAGUUACAGGACUGAGUUUACUCCCUUUGCAUAAGUAGUUCCUAAUUCCUGAUGAUUUCUGUUCAGUUCCACUGCAGUUUACACAACAACGUAGCCAGUCAUUUUUCUUUCUAAGCCUAAAACACAUUUUGUUUCAGGGUAUGUUCUUUUGAAAGUGAAUUGUGCUCAUAUACAUCCAUUUUCUAUACCCACUUACUCCAUUUAAUGGUCAUCAAGGGGCUGGAACCUAUUACAGUACUCAUAGGGAGUGAGGCAAGAUACACCUUGGACAGGAUGCCAAUCUGUCACAGGGCGUUGUGCUUAUAUAGAAAGCAUAUUAUACAUAUAUAUAUAU